CUUCCCAACAAUAUGCAUCUUGCCAGUUUGGUCAGCUCUUGCUCCCUCCUACUGCUGUUGGGGGCCCUGCCUGGAUGGGCAGCCAGCGAUGACCCCAUUGAGAAGGUCAUUGAAGGGAUCAACCGAGGGCUGAGCAAUGCAGAGAGAGAGGUGGGCAAGGCCCUGGAAGGCAUCAAUAAUGGAAUCACUCAAGCUGGAAGGGAAGUGGAGAAAGUUUUUAAUGGACUUAGCAGCAUGGCCGGCAAGGAGUUGGACAAGGGCGUCCACGGGCUCAACAACGGCUUGGACAAGGUAGCCUAUGGGAUCAACAAUGGUGCUGAACAAGCAGGAAAGGAAGCAGAGAAGUUUAUCCAUGGGGCCAACAACGCUGCUGGACAGGUUGGGAAGGAGGCAGACAAAGUGAUCCAUCAUGGGGUUCAUCAUGGGGUCAAUGAGGCAGGAAAUGAAGCAGGAAGGUUUGGCCAGGGGAUCCACCAUGCCGCAGGGCAGGCUGGGAAUGAGGCUGGGAGGUUUGGCCAGGGAGCCCAUCAUGGGGUCAAUGAGGCCUGGAAGGAAGCAGAGAAGUUUGGUCAGGGGGUCCACCAUGCUGCUGGUCAGGCUGGGAAAGAGGGAGACAAAGUGAUUCAAGGGGUCCAUCAUGGGGUUAAUCAGGCUGGAAAGGAGGUAGACAAGUUUGGUCAGGGGCUCCACCAUGCUGCUGGUCAGGCUGGGAAGGAGGUAGACAAGUUUGGCCAGGGGGUCCACCAUGCUGCUGGUCAGGCUGGGAAGGAGAUAGGCAAAUUUGGUCAGGGGGUCCACCAUGCUGCUGGUCAGGCUGGGAAGGAGGUAGACAAGUUUGGCCAGGGGGUCCACCAUGCUGCUGGUCAGGCUGGGAAGGAGGUAGACAAGUUUGGCCAGGGGGUCCACCAUGCUGCUGGUCAGGCUGGGAAGGAGAUAGACAAAUUUGGUCAGGGGGUCCACCAUGCCUUGGGGCAGGCUGGGAAUGAGGCUGGGAGGUUUGGCCAAGGGGCCCACCAUGGGGUUAAUGAGGCCUGGAAGGAGGCAGAGAAGUUUGGUCAGGAGGUCCACCAUGCUGCUGGUCAGGCUGGGAAAGAAUUGGAGCAGUUUGGCCAGGGAGCCCAUCAUGGGGUCAAUGAGGCCUGGAAGGAGGCAGAGAAGUUUGGUCAGGGGGUCCACCAUGCUGCUGGUCAGGCUGGGAAAGAGGGAGACAAAGUGAUUCAAGGGGUCCAUCAUGGAGUUAAUCAGGCUGGGAAGGAGGUAGACAAGUUUGGCCAGGGAGUCCACCAUGCUGCUGGUCAGGCUGGGAAAGAGGGAGACAAAGUGAUUCAAGGGGUCCAUCAUGGAGUUAACCAGGCUGGGAAGGAGGUGGAGAAGUUUGGCCAGGAAGUUCACCAUGCCGUUGAACAGGCCGGAAAGGAAGCAGACAAAGUGGUCCAAGAUGUCCACAAUGGGGUCAACCAGGCCGGGAAGGAGGCAGAGAAACUUGGCCAUGGGGUCCACCAAGCUGCUGGCCAGGCCGGAAAGGAAGCGGAGAAACUUGGCCAAGGUGUCCACCAUGCUGCUGGCCAGGCCGGGAAGGAGGUGGACGGGUUGCAGCAGAAUAUUCAUAAUGGGGUCAACCAAGCCAGCAAGGAGGCCAACAAGCCGCUGAAUGCUGGUCAUCAAGGCGGAGCUACCGGCCAGCACGGAGGGGCCGCAACCACCACAUUGACAUCUGGAGCCUCGGUCAACAAGCCCUUCAUCAACUUUUCAGCUCUGUGGAGGAGCGUCGCCAACAUCAUGCCCUGAACUGAUGCCCUGGCUUGCAGAGCAGGCUAAUGUUCCUGUUGUCACAUCAGCUGAAAUUACCUGGAGGAGCUGGGGAUGGGGGGAUAGGUUUAUGGGGUCCCUUAAGGGGUCUGCACUGAGAGUUGUGAAUAAAUGUGACACACUGUGCUCUCUCA